AUGGACAUCCACAUUUUCGACAUCUUAAAGUGGAACACCUGCGAUUUUGAAUGCGACAUGACCGUCUUCGUUGAGUGUGUGCCGCAAGGUCAGGAGCGCUGUCCCUUUGAUGAUCAGAUCAACCUCGGGAACAACAACGUCGGGGAGAGGAACGGAGGCAACAACAACACGGGAAACAUGAACUUUGGCUCCAACAACCUUGGAAAUUGCAACCAAGGUGACAACAACACUGGCAGGAUGUUUUUCUGCCACAACUCGCACCAGGGAAGCAACAGGUGCACCCUCGACAUGCUCAGAACGGCAGACACGGUGGAUUUGAGCGCGCUCCCCAUCCCAAUCAGCCUGACAGCCGCUGCAGAGACGGUGAAGACGGUUGCCAUACCCGCCAACUGCUGA